GUAGAUGAUAUUAAUCAGUGUUUAUUUGUUAGAGACAAAUGCCAGUUAAACAGAUAAAGGACAAGUAAGAAGUUAUCGCUACUGUCGAUGUUUUAGAGAUCAACGGAGAAAACAGAUACAACCGCAGGUCUCUUUUCCCCUGUGUUGAGCGUCUAAUCAAAUCCGAAUCCCUUGUAGGGCCCCCGAAUGGAGGAAGUCCCUUUGACGUCAUCGCUAAACUUUCUCUUUCGCCACGUUUAUUAUACCUAACACUGACAAGGUUAUUCGGUGGGGGAAGGAUGGAUUCCCUGUGAAUCGUUCUUAUCUCGAUUUUUUUCCAUAGAGAUGACCAAGGCCUCGGAGCUUUGCGGUUAUUAGCUGUAGCCUAACAUGACGUCACAGUCCUCGCACUCGGAACACUCAUCCCAUCACAUGCAGUUUUUCUCCGUGGGAGUGAAUGUUCCCAUUCUGUUCAAAGAAUGGAAUCUCAACACGAAAACAGGUCUGUUCCUGACUUGUGUGGGGAGUAUUCUGUUGGGAGUUCUCUACCAGAUCGUCAAGUGUCUCCGCCAGUACGCUCACCGCAGAUACCGGGUCAGAGAAAGGGGGACCAUUAAGAGCCGGGAGCACGGCCUACAGACCUUGUUGUACUUUGUACAGAUGACCAGUAGCUACGUCCUGAUGCUGAUCAUAAUGACCUUCAAUGCCUGGGUCUUUGUGUCCGCCGUUGCUGGACUGGGUCUGGGGUACUUUCUGUGUGGCUGGGCGUACCCGGAAAUGGAUAAUAAAAUGACAUGUCCGGAUCUGUGCAAAAAUGAAGAAACUCGUCGUCAUGGCAACGGGGACACAGAACAAGAGUUAAAACUGUUGCCAAGUCCGUCUGCAGCAAAUUGCGAAGAAUGUUCAAUGUGAUGUCAUUUAUACUGUUUGCUGUAUGUAUUUUGAGGUGUUAUUUCCAGUAAUAGUACAAUAAUUUAAUUCUGGUUGUAAUGCGGCUUCUGAUUGGCUAAAAAAUUAUUUUAUAUCGUAUAUAGAAUGUUGCCUACGUCAUAGUAAGACUAAUGUCAAAGUCAUAAACGUAUCAAUACGCAUGACGUUACGUUUGAAUUUUGUACAAUUUUACGUCAUUUUAAAAGUCAAAUGCCCGUUUAUCUACAAUGAAGAGUAAAAAAAAUAAAUUAAAAGUAUUCAAUAUGUAUUUGUUUUAUUUGAUAUGAAAUGGGUUGAAACACUUUACGCUAUUUUUAUAAAGCGCUUCGCGGUUUUUAAAGCGUAAACAGUCCCAAACCAUUUUAUAUCAUAUAAAACAAAUAAAUAUUGAAUUCAUUCUUUCAUUAAAAAUUCAUUAUGACGUCACAAACAGUGCGCGAAAUGUAUAUUAUGACGUAAUUAAUAGUGCGAGAAACGUUCAUUAUGACGUCUACAACAGUGUUUGAAAUGUAUUAGAACAGUGCAAUUAGAUAAUUAUUUUUAUACAGUAAGUGUUUAGUGGUUACUACAUAUCAGUUAUUAGAUGUGACCUUUAGUUCAAUAUUUAUGGUGCUAGUAUUUAACAUUAUUAUAUAAAUGUCUUGUUAUGUUUUGUUUAUUAUUUACAUUUUUGACAUUAAACAACAAUGCCAUGA